AUGACAACACAAGAGGAAAUUUUACAAGUUCAUUCUUUCUAUGAUACGAUCUUAAUUCUCGAUUUUGGUUCUCAAUACUCGCAUUUAAUCACGAGACGCGUCAGAGAAUUUGGUGUAUAUUGUGAAAUGCUACCAUGCACCCAAAAAAUCAAAGGCUUAAGUUUCAAUCCUAAAGGCGUCAUCCUUUCCGGAAGUCCGUAUUCGGUUUAUGAUAAGGAUGCUCCACGUGUAGAUUCCGAAGUAUUUAACUUGGGCGUACCUGUAUUAGGAAUUUGCUACGGUCUUCAGGAAAUUGCGUGGAAUCAUGGAGGUUCAGUGGCACCUUGUAACCAUAGAGAAUAUGGUCAUGCAAUAUUGAACAUUAACCAUCAAGGUCAUCCAUUUAUUGACAGAUUAUUUGACGGCAUAGAAGGCCCUAUCCAAGUUUGGAUGAGCCAUGGGGAUCAAUUGGAUAAAGUUCCCGAAAGUUUUAAAGUGAUUGGGAAUACAUUAACUGCGCCAUUUGCGGCCAUAGCUCACGAAGAAAAACAUUUAUUUGGUAUUCAAUUUCAUCCAGAGGUGACACACACGCCUCGAGGAAAAGAAAUUAUAAAGAAUUUCGUUAUAAACAUUUGUGGAUGCGAGACGAAUUGGACAAUGGAAUCAUUUAUUGAUAAAGAGAUUGAGCGAAUUCGCCAAAUCGUAGGACCUAAUGGGCAAGUAGUUGGAGCUGUAAGUGGUGGAGUUGAUAGUACAGUCGCCGCACGACUGAUGAAAGAAGCGAUUGGUGAUAGAUUCCACGCUAUCCUUGUUGAUAAUGGUGUCAUGAGAUUGAAUGAGUGUGAGACAGUCAAGAAAGUGCUUGGUGAUCACCUUGGAAUAAAUCUAAAGGUUGUAGAUGCUGCUGAUAUGUUUCUUGAUCGUCUCAAAGGUGUUACCGAUCCUGAGAGGAAACGAAAGAUUAUUGGAAACACAUUUAUUGAAGUGUUUGAAUUAGAAUCAUUGAAGAUUGAUCAAGAAACAAAAGAGGGCGGACACGGACAAAUCGAAUACCUUCUACAGGGAACUUUAUAUCCUGAUGUUAUAGAAAGUAUUUCGUUUAAAGGACCGAGUGCUACAAUAAAAACUCAUCAUAAUGUUGGUGGAUUAUUAGAGGAUAUGAAAUUGAAACUUAUCGAACCUUUAAGAGAAUUAUUUAAGGAUGAAGUACGUGAACUCGGCAAGGUAUUGAAGAUUGAUGAAGAUUUGAUUUGGCGUCAUCCAUUUCCUGGACCUGGUAUUGCAAUUCGUGUAUUGGGUGAAGUUACGCCUAGUCAGGUUGCAAUAGCUCGAGCAGCGGAUCACAUUUAUAUUGAUGAGAUAAAGAAAGCAGGACUUUAUCGUAAAAUAUCUCAAGCUUAUGCUGCUUUAUUGCCGGUUAAAGCAGUUGGAGUUAUGGGUGAUAGAAGAACUUACGAACAAGUGAUUGUUCUAAGAGCUGUUGAAACCACAGAUUUUAUGACAGCAGAUUGGUAUCCUUUCCCUUAUGAUAUUUUGAAAAAGAUCAGUAAUCGAAUCAUCAAUGAAGUUAAAGGUGUAAAUCGGGUCACAUAUGAUAUAUCUAGUAAACCUCCAGCUACGAUCGAAUGGUAA